AUGUCUACUGAAAAAGCUACUUUUGCUGCCGGCUGUUUCUGGGGUGUCGAACAUAUCUUCCUUAAAUAUUUUAAACAAGAUGGUAUCAAAACCAAGGUAGGAUACAUUGGGGGUGAUACUCCCAAUCCUGGUUAUAAAGAGGUUUGUUCAGGAAAAUCCAAUCAUGCUGAAGCUCUUGAAAUUACUUUUGACCCUAAAAAGGUGUCGUAUGCAACACUCGUAGACUUUUUCUACAGCACCCAUGACCCUACAACUGUGAACGCUCAAGGGCCAGAUCGUGGAAGUCAAUACAGAUCUGCCAUUUUUUAUCACUCCCCAGAACAAAAGUCGAUUGCUGAGAAAGUAACCGCUGAGGUUCAAGAGAAACAUUUGAAAGGGAAAAAAAUUGUCACGGAAAUCGUUCCUGCAGGCGUGUUUUAUGAUGCUGAGGCAUAUCAUCAGAACUAUUUAAAUGACAACCCUAGUGGCUAUCAGUGCCCUACUCAUUUCAAACGUUGGUAA